AACGCAACCAAACAUUCAUUCCAGAUCAGAUUAUAAUGACUUAGCAGUAUAAUACUAAACUCUGCAUUUGAAGAGAUUAGGAGCUUUCAUUCCGAUUCUAUUUUUCAAUUGACCUACAACCACGGCUAAAAUAAGAAUUCAUUCUAUAUCUGUUUGAGCAGUAUUAGGAGUUUCAGCUUCAAGCGCGAAAAUAAAUUCUGAAUUAUUAAUUAAAAUUAGUACACUGAUGCCAAUUUCGUAUUAUUUGAAGCUAUUCUGAAGAACCCAGACAGUGCCGAGCUACUAACUGAAGUCCUUGACAUAUUCAGCGUGAGAGUGAUUGUAAAUAAGUAAAUAAUUGGGUACUGUUCUAUAGAAGUAAUUAUUUAGAUCAGUGUUUGUUGACCGGUGCAAACUAACAAGAGUGAAAUACGCGGUAGUGAUAUAGGGCACUUAAUUAGCGUCCCAACGAUUGAGGAGAACCUAGAAGGUGCAAGGUGCCGGGUGCAGCAAUAGCGGUACUAGCGCUGUGGUAGCGACGGUACCAAGAGAGUGAAGUGUAGCUGAUCGCAGCAGCGUCAGAGUGGCGUCUUCACACGCAACAUGCGCAUUACGAACACUUCGAAAUACUUGCUACCAGCCAUAAGUAGAUUGUUACGACCUUUCUGACAUAACUCCUCCCAAAUGGCUGAUCCUAGCGACACUGCUGCGCUGUGCACCGACACACGAGGCACAUUCGACCAGGGCCAGCCUGCAGACCUGGAUGUCGAGGCCGGGGCUGUGGUUAGGGAGGAACCGAUGAGCAUGGGUGAUGACCUCAACACUGAAAAAACUGCUGACGGCGAGCUCCAGGAAGAGGGCGAGGAGGGAGUGGCUGGUGAUGAGGAAGCUGAACCAAUCAAGACUGAGUUCAAAGUUCCUUUCGUUUACCUCAUCGUGGAGCCUGGUUGUACCCCACUCUCGUGCUACUCCGCCAUCCUAACCUUCAUUGUGAUGAGCUGUGGAGUAUUCUGGCUGCUUCUCAUCUCACCGCCGCUCAACGCCAAGCCCUACGAAACACGAAUGCCGUGGCUUGAUAACCGAAAGACCAAUGUGUCCGAAGCUCCCAACUCGACUUCACCAGAACUUUUGAUUUCCGGAUUUCAAUCGAACAAAAUAGACACGGCAAAUUUACUGGAUGUGGAGCCACAAGCAACCUUGCUCAAUACAGGAGAGACUUUGGAAACGGAUAGUCCCUUGUCCGGUGACGGAAGCAUCAACGCAGAUAUUGUUUCCGAGUUUCUGUCUCAUCCGGAACCAGAAGAGUUCAAUCAAACUUAGUGAGAUACCAUCAGCAUUAUAAUCAAUGUUUGAUCUUUGUUUGUAUCAUCCAACUGAAUGAUAAAUUAAGACUAAAGAACAAUGAAAGGAAUCAACGGCACAAUUAAUUGCGCGGUUGAGUUAUGUUCCUGGUAGUUGCCAUCGAUUUCAAUUUAACACGUGACUACAUAUUUUAAGUCAAAAUCAACAUCUUAUCGUGACAAAAACUUGAAAUUCGUGUCCGAAUAAUGUUUUAUUGAUAAAAAUACCUAAUGGAUUACAAGAAGAUUUGAAUCAAUAUGAACAUCACUAUGAACUAUGUUACCCGAACAUUUUUCGAUCAAAAUUUUAACUAUACGCUUCGUUGGCAGUUGGGUUUGAGAGGAAUUGGAGGAUCGAGAGAUUUUAAAAGCUUUUAUAAAUGUAUUUGUGAUAUUUUUCAUCGGAAACUGAA